UCAAAAAAGAAUUUAAUGUUAAGAGUUUCUUCUCUCUAAUUUUAUUUUAUUUCAUUUCUUUUUUUCUUUCUUUCUCCUCUCUUUCUCUCACCAUCACACAGAACACAGAAGAGAGUCCAUGGCUGCUUCUUCAUCCUCUGCUGCUUCCUUCUUUGGAGUUCAACAAGAUGAUCAAUCUCACCUUCUUCCUCCUAAUUCCUCCGCAGCCGCUCCUCCUCUUCCUACUCACCACCAGCCACCGCAGUCUCAGCAGCCCCUUGAUGCUCCACCGCAGAAAAAGAAGAGAAACCAACCAAGAACUCCAAAUUCCGAUGCAGAAGUGAUAGCUUUGUCUCCAAAGACACUAAUGGCUACAAACAGAUUCAUAUGUGAAGUAUGCAACAAAGGGUUUCAAAGAGAACAGAAUCUACAACUUCACCGAAGAGGACACAAUCUUCCAUGGAAACUUAAGCAGAAAUCGACCAAAGAAGUGAAGAGGAAAGUGUAUCUUUGUCCGGAGCCCACGUGCGUCCACCAUGACCCGUCACGUGCUCUCGGAGACCUCACCGGAAUCAAGAAACAUUAUUACCGUAAACACGGUGAAAAGAAGUGGAAAUGCGAGAAAUGUUCUAAGCGUUACGCUGUUCAAUCGGAUUGGAAAGCUCACUCCAAGACUUGUGGUACCAAAGAAUAUCGUUGCGACUGUGGUACACUAUUCUCCCGGCGAGACAGUUUCAUUACACACAGAGCCUUUUGUGACGCGUUGGCUCAAGAGAGUGCGAGACACCCAACUUCUUUGACUUCUUUGCCAAGUCACCACUUUCCAUACGGACAAAAUACCAACAACUCCAACAAUACUUCAAGCAUGAUCCUUGGUUUGUCCCACAUGGGGCCCUCACAGAAUCUUGAUCAUGAGUCCGGCGAACGUCUCCGACUCGGAAGCAGCGGAGGAGGAGGUGCAGGAGCCGCCUCACGCUCUUCCUCCGAUCUCAUUGCUGCAAAUGCUUCGGGUUACUUCAUGCAAGAGCAAAACCCUAGCUUUCAUGAUCAACAAGACCAUCAUCAACAAGGGUUUUUGGCUGCAAGCAAUAACAUCAAGGCAUCACCAAUGAACUUUCAACAAAGUCUGAUGCAGUUCUCACAUGAUAGCCAUAACUGUCCUUCUUCCAAUCUCUUCAAUCUCAGCUUCCUCUCUGGACACAAUGGAGUUGCUUCUGCUACAAGCAACCCAAAUGCUGCUGCUGUUUCAUCUGGCAAUCUUAUGAUUUCUAACAAUUUUGAUGGAGAAAAUGCUGUUAGAGGCGGAGGUGGACGAGGAGGAGGAGAAGGAAGUACAGGUCUCUUCCCUAACAAUCUGAUGACCUCGGCGGACAGAAUCAGCACAGGAGCAGUGCCUUCACUCUUUAGCUCAUCAAUGCAAAAUCCCAAUUCAACAACUCACAUGUCAGCCACUGCUCUUCUUCAGAAAGCUGCUCAAAUUGGUUCAAGCUCGAGCAACAACAACAAUAGUAACAAUGCUUCAUCGAUUCUAAGAAGCUUUGGGAGUGGUAUGUACGGAGAAAGCGAGAGUAAUCUUAAUGAUUUGAUGAACUCAUUCUCUAACCCAGGCGCAACGGGAAACAACGUUAAUAGAGUAGAUUCUCCGUCAUACGGAGGAGUGAACAAAGGAUUAAACGCUGAUAAACAAAGCAUGACCAGAGACUUUCUUGGGGUUGGACAGAUCGUAAGAAGCAUGAGUGAAAGCGGAGGGUUUCAACAACAAAAACAACAACAACAACAUGGGAAUAGUACAGAAAGAGUUGGCUCUUCGUCGGAUUCCGCCGAUAGAAACAGCAUAAAUGUGAAUCCUGGUGGUGGUCCAGCAAGUUCACCACCCUAUGGAAUCCAUCGUGCUAGUUUCUAGCUAAGACGAUUUUUAGUUCAUCAAAGUACAUAUGCUAUAUCUUUCAGGUAUGCAUAUUGUCAUCAAACCCCAUUUGAAGUAAUUAAUUAUAUUUAAGUCGCAAAAAGUUGCAAUGUAUCUACACUCACCUCCUUUUUUUCUUUUGUAAAAGAUUUACCUUUAUAUAAAUGAAUUUCCUCCUGAAUU